AUGUGGAUAGCAGUGUCUGGAAGAUGUCCAUGUGAACAUGGAUGGGAGUUUGAUACAGUGAUCAAAGGAGAAAUCUAUUACGUUAGUAAAGCUCGCUUUGUGCUUACCUUUGAAAAAGAAGGAGGAGGUGCCAACAUAGCUUACAACGUGUUGACGAAGAAAAUAUUCACGCGCAGCCCGCUCGCAAGUAGAUUUCCGAAGCAUAUGGGAUAUGUCGUUGUUAGGAAUGGUUGCAAAGCAAAAUUCCAGAAUUUCACCACAUAUGUGCUUGCAGGCAACUUACGACAAGAUAUGACACUCAAAUCAGUUUAUCUUCAAAUUACCGGAUGUGGCAUUCAUGUAAAGUGGGCUCCAGAGAAGGAAAUGGACGCCGUUAUCCCCAAGCUAUUCAGUCCUCAUCAAGAUCCUCUUUAG